AUCUAAGUAAGUUUCCCUGAGUAAAUGCCACGUCUUAUUCACAGCUACGCAUAGCAUCAGCGGAGUUUGGGGAGACUUUAUCACUUUAGUCGACAUAUCUCAGGCUGGACAGUCAGAUUAACCUGCGGCCCCACAGAUAACGAUACCCGCCACACUCCGGGGAUACUAUGGGCUGUGUACGUCUGCUGGUACUGACACUGGCCACAUCUGCAGUACUGCUGUUCGCCUCACAUUCAACCUUCGCUCACAGCCAUUCCCACGAUCACCACGGCCACGAUCACCACGGCCACGAUCACCACGGAGAGCAUGAUCACCACGAACAUUCACAUGGCUCUCAGGUGAAGAUGUUCCAUGGAGCGAGCAAGUGGAGUGCAGAGGCCAACAUCCAUGCACAUGAAGAGGAGCACCAUGACCACGGACACGGGCACGGCCAUGACCACGGGCACGGGCACGGCCAUGACCACCUGCACGGGCACGGCCAUGACCACGGGCACGGGCACGGCCAUGACCACGGGCACGGCCACGGCCAUGACCACGGGCACGGCCAUGACCAUGACCACGGGCACGACCAUGACCACGGACACGGCCAUGACCACGGCCAUGACCACGGACACGCUCAUAGUGAGGAUGUUCUCCAUGUGCACAAGGAGGAGAGUGUGCACUCGCAUGGAGAGAAGAGAGUGAAGAGAGAGAAGAGGGACAUGGUGGAGCUCUGGACACAGGCUAUCGGAGCAACUCUGCUGAUCAGCGCGGCUCCUUUCCUCAUCCUCUUUCUGAUCCCAGUCCAGUCCAACAGUGACCAGCACCAGAACCUGCUCAAGGUGCUGCUCAGCUUUGCCUCUGGUGGACUGUUGGGUGAUGCCUUCCUCCACCUCAUUCCUCACGCUCUGGAGCCUCACUCUCAUCAUGGAGAAGAUGAUCACGGACACUCACAUGUAGUUGAAGAGUCACAUGACCAUGGCCACUCCCACGGAGCUGCCCACAGUCACAUGAUGUCAGUGGGUUUGUGGGUUCUCGGUGGAAUCAUCGCGUUCCUUGUCGUAGAGAAAUUUGUGCGUCUGCUGAAGGGAGGACAUUCUCACAGUCACUCACAUGCUGCUCCCAAAGAGAAGGACAGUGAUGGAGAAGAAGACAAGGAAGUGAAGAAGAAGAAGAAAGAGGAGAAAGGAGGCAAAGACAAGAAAGUCCCAAAGAAAGAGGAGAUAAAGAGCACAGACAUUAAGGUGUCGGGUUAUUUGAACCUGGCCGCGGACUUCACACAUAAUUUUACCGACGGCCUGGCGAUCGGAGCCUCGUUCCUGGUCGGCCCUGCAGUGGGCACCAUCACCACUCUCACCAUCCUACUGCACGAGGUCCCGCACGAGAUCGGAGACUUUGCCAUCCUGGUCCAGUCGGGCUGCACCAAACGACGGGCCAUGUGUCUUCAGCUGCUGACCGCCCUGGGAGCUCUAGCCGGCACAGCUUGCUCCCUGUUGGCUGAAGGCGUGGGAGCCGCGGCAACCGCCUGGAUCCUGCCAUUCACCGCCGGCGGCUUUGUGUACAUCGCCACAGUGAGCGUACUCCCGGAGCUGCUGGCUGGCCGCUCCAGUUUCGGCCAGUCCCUGUUAGAGAUUCUGGCCCUGCUGUUUGGAGUCGGCAUGAUGGUGCUGAUUGCAGAGUACGAGUGAGACGCGGCAGAGACUACGCACACAGCGAGACAGGAAGCGAUGGCGCAGAGGGACAGAGAGGGAGAAGGUCAAAAAGGUUUCAGGAGGUGGUUUUAUGUAAAAUUCAAGUGGAUUAUUUUUGUCAGGGGAGUGGUUAUUUUUUUUUUUAUUUUCUUUGCAUUGUAUUUUGGGAAUGAACAUCACCCAUUGAAGGCCAUUGGAUGGUUUUUGUUGUCUUGUGUUUUUUUUUUUUUUUUUAGCAGUUCACAGUCACAUCCCUGAUGAGGAAAAGAGCCUGGGAGCUGGAAAGAAAACAAAGGAGGAAAAACGUUUUUUUUUUUUUUCAGGUACUGUUAGUGAUGUGAUGUCUGAGUGAAGCGCCUCCAUUAAGGACAGAAGCUGAAAUCUCUGUCCAACAGCCCCGAAAUUCACUCGCCACUUUGACUUUGUCACAACAUAAAUGAGCUGCAGUUUGAUUGUAGUUUUAACUGACACUUAUUUCCCUCCAAUAAAAGCAAGAUAAAUAGUCUGCUCUUUAACGCGACACUUUUUGAACUGACAUUAUGAGGUGCUUGUCUCUUAACAGUGGCUCAGUUGAUAAAAUUUGGUUUUCUUUGUGAACCACUUGCUCCCCUGCACCAGAUGCCAUUGACAAAAACAAAGAUUUUAGCUCACUGCCACCAUCACUAAGUUAAGUUUAGUCAUUUUGUAAUGUUGAGUGUUUGAAAUCCUUUGUUUUGGUUUUUACUUUAAUAAAACAAACUGAUGAGGCAGCAGUUGACGAACAAACUCCUGUGACCUCUGAACUACAAUCAGAAGUUUUUGUCAAUGAAGUCUGUGUGGGUGGAGUGACUGGUUAAAGUGACACGAAAUUCAGUUUCCUGUUGGAAAAGGCUGAUAAACAUUGCGCCACAGCACUAAGCUCAUCGUUGAGAGAUAUUUUAUUUGCUGAUUGUUGUAAUUAACUGGGUUUUGCUGGUUGCAGACUAUGCCUUUAAGUCCAACAUUUCAGAGUCGUUCUGGUGCAACAGCUGUUACUGUUUCACAGCGUCCUGCUCACUGCUGUUAAUGUUUACUGUCUGUCAAUAUUUCUACACCCCACCCAAAAAAAAAGAAUAAAAGUUAAUGUGUUCACAC